GGCGCAUGCGUAUAGUAAGUAAUGGAGGACGUUCUGUCUUGGGCUAAAAAUCCCGAAAUCCGCAAUAAUACAACAAUAUUAUUAAAAAACGGGAAAGCAACUGACACGAACGAAGAAAUUUAGUCAACAGCAAGCAGAAAGAAGGUAAAAUACUGGAAGGAUGGCUUCUGACUCAGCAUCUCAAAAUCCCAGCUGUCGGAUAAUGACCUUUUAUCCCACAAGGGAGGAGUUUCAAAAUUUCAGCCGCUAUGUUGCCUACAUUGAGUCUCAAGGGGCUCACAGAGCAGGGCUGGCUAAGAUUGUCCCUCCAAAAGACUGGAAACCCCGGAGGUGCUACGAUGGCAUCGAUGAGCUGGUGAUCCCAGCUCCAAUCCAGCAGGUGGUCACUGGGCAGUCGGGUCUCUUCACCCAGUACAACAUCCAGAAGAAACCAAUGACUUUGCGGGAGUUUCGCAAGAUUGCAAACAGUGACAAGUUCUGCAAUCCACAUUAUACUGAUUUUGAGGAGCUUGAAAGGAAAUACUGGAAGAACCUGACAUUCAAUCCACCCAUUUAUGGCGCAGAUGUAAAUGGGACGCUCUAUGAUCCAGACAUCACAGAGUGGAACAUUGGCCAUCUGAAUACGAUCCUGGAUACGGUGGAGUUAGAGAGCGGAAUUACUAUAGAGGGUGUAAACACACCAUACCUGUACUUUGGGAUGUGGAAGACUACAUUUGCAUGGCACAUUGAGGAUAUGGACCUGUACAGCAUUAACUACCUGCACUUUGGAGAGCCUAAAUCCUGGUAUUGUGUUCCUCCAGAACAUGGGAAGCGAUUGGAGAGACUGGCAAAAGGCUUUUUCCCAGGGAGUGCCCAGAACUGUGAGGCCUUCCUUCGACACAAAAUGACCCUGAUCUCCCCAUCUAUCUUGAAGAAGUAUGGCAUUCCCUUUGACAAGAUUACUCAGGAAGCCGGCGAGUUCAUGAUCACAUUUCCCUAUGGGUACCAUGCUGGUUUCAACCAUGGCUUCAACUGUGCUGAGUCAACAAAUUUUGCAACCCAACGUUGGAUUGAGUAUGGGAAGCAGGCAACACUGUGCUCCUGUCGGAAGGACAUGGUGAAGAUCUCUAUGGAUGUGUUUGUGCAGAAGUUCCAGCCUGAUCGCUACAAGCAGUGGAAAGCUGGGAAGGACAAUGCUGUCAUUGACCACUCCCGGCCAACUCCAGAGGCAGCCGAAUUUCUAAAAGAGGGAAACGGGGAUAGUGAAACGGAGAUGAACUCCAGUGUAGGCAGCAUUGAUGAAAGUGAGACUACAGUAAACAACAAAAAGAGCCUCAUCAAGCAUAGAAUUGGGACUAAAAGACAUCGUGUGUGUUUGGAGGUCCCCCAAGAGGUCCUCCCAAAAGAAGACUUACAUUAUGAAGUGGAAGUGUGUGAGGAAGAAGCAAUCUCCACCCAGCAGGAUCACCAGCAAGGAAUGGACUGCACUGAGGAACUUGGCCAUCAAGAUUCUUUCUUGCCAGCAAAGAUGGAAGAGCUGCAGCCAGUGAAAUGUGAAACUGUGGGAGAGGUGGUUGUAGACCAGUCUGUAAGUCCCACCCCUCUGGUUGAGUGCUCUUUACAUGAAGUGGAAAACCCCACUGUUCAUUAUAAUGAAACUUCCCCUGCCCAUGAUGAUGUUGACCUCCCCCACGUACCAGAAAGCCAGAAACACAUUGUAAAUAGCCACAUCUCCAAGGAAGUUAGCCAUGCCUCCAGACCUCAAAGCCCUGUUGUCGCUGGAACAAGUGGAGAUUCUCUCACUGGUGGAGCUCCCCCAUGCCUGCCGAGAUCAGGAGCAGCCUGUCUGGUUCUGAGCAAGACUCUGAGCCCAGCUGAAGUGCUGCAUGUUCACAGCUACGCUAAGGGGAGCUACAGUGAAGCAGGAGCUGGCAGUCCAUCAGAGAGGAAGGUCAACACUGGGAUGAGUGGCAAGGAGCAAGGUGAUGCACAGAUUGCUGAAGAGGACACAGACUCUGUGAAGAACCUAAAGAGCAAAAGGCAGCCUCUGGACAAACUACCUCGUCACCACCCUUUAGUUAAAGACUGUUUCAGUGAUGAAGAAAUGCAAGAGCAGAUCCAUUUGGAUGAGGACACUGCCGAGACCGAACAGUGGGCAAAGUCUCUUACUAACCUUUGGCAAACCCGGCCCCAUAACCUGCAGGCAGAGUGGGAGUACAAUCAGAACAUGGGUUUGGAACCUCCUUACUGUGCAGUUUGCAUGCUGUUCCAGACAUACCACCAGUCAGAGUACAAUGGCAAUAACCAGAGCACUUUGAUGGACUCAGAGGGCAGGCUCAGGACAAAGCCCCUUAUCCCUGAAAUGUGUUUCUCUACAAAUGAGGUCAGCAAUGACCUAAACUUCUCUGCCCCUUACCUGGAGGAAGAUGGCACCAGCUUGCUUAUCACCUGCUCCAACUGCUGCGUCCGGGUCCACACCAGUUGUUAUGGUGUUGCUCCCGAGAAAGUGUCUAAUGACUGGAAGUGUUCCCGAUGUGAAGCAAAUGCCAUGACGGAGAGUUGCUGUUUAUGUUCACUGAGAGGAGGGGCCCUGCAGAGAGCCAACAAUGACAAGUGGGUGCAUGUACUCUGUGCAGUGGCAGUGUUGGAAGCACGAUUUGUGAACCUUGCAGAACGCAGUCCUGUGGAUCUCAGUGGGAUACCCUUGCAGAGGUUUAAAUUGAAAUGCUAUUACUGCAAAAAGCGGAUGAAAAGGGCUGCAGGAUGCUGUGUGCAGUGCUCGCAUGGUCGCUGCCCCACCUCCUUCCAUGCUACCUGCGCACAAGCAGCAGGAGUCCUCAUGCAGUCUGAUGAUUGGCCCUUCGUUGUGUUCAUUACCUGCUUCCGCCACAAAGGACCUAUUCAAACAGAGCGCAAUAAGGCAGCCCUGCGUGAGCUCUCUGUCGGACAGAAGGUGAUCUGUAAACACAAAAAUGGGCGAUACUACCAGAGUGAGGUGGUGAGUCUCACCAAAGAAACCUUUUACGAGGUGAACUUCGAUGAUGGCUCCUUCAGCGACAACCUUUUCCCAGAGGACAUUGUGAGCCGAGACUGCCAGCAGCUGGGGCCCCCAGCGGAAUCCGAGGUUGUGCAGGUGCGGUGGACUGAUGGGCUGGUUUAUGGAGCUAAGUUUGUGGCAGCACAUGUUGUCCAGAUGUAUCAGGUAGAGUUUGAGGAUGGAUCGCAGCUAUCGGCCAAGAGGGAUGAUGUUUACACCCUCGAUGAAGAGCUACCAAAGCGUGUUAAAACAAGGCUGUCAGUUGCAUCAGACAUGCGUUUUGGGAUCUUCACAGAGAAAGAGGUGAAACAGGAGACCAAGCGGCAGCGGGUUAUAAACUCCAAGUACCGGGGAGACUACAUCGAGCCAGUAGUAUACCGUGCCAUCAUGGAGUAAUCGCUUUUCUGUACUCUAACCAAAAAAACUAUUGGCACAGACUGGGAGACCUACAAACAAUAGAGGACCCUCUAAAAAUUAAAUUAUUGAGUGAAUUUCUGUUGAAUGAUUUUUAAAAGCUCAAAAAAAAAAAAACAACUGGAUGUUUUGGAGUAAGUACAAUGCCAUUUGCUUGCAUUAAUACACCUUGUAACUUCUGCAUCACAGUCAUCAGGUCCUCAUUUAACUUUCACAGUAGAAAACCAUCUAAGUUUGCAGUGACAUGAGUUGCCCAACUUCCUUUUUGUUCAUUGUUUAUUUCUGACAACUACAACACGAAUCUCAGAUUCCUGUGCAAAGUGAGCAAUUUGGAGUUUCAGCUUCAUGGUGGAACAGACGGAAUGGAGCUUCAACUAAAAGAUGCAUUUUGAAAACUUGUUACACACAAACAAGUGGCCCAGGAUUUUUGACUCUUGAAACAAGACGUUGUGUCUCUUCAUUGGAUAAUUGCCAAAUAUAAGAAACACACAGUGGAAUUUGGUAGGGUGGGGCUAAAAACAGAAGAGCCAUUUCAAAAAAUUUUAAAAAAGUAGAAGCUUUUUUUCCAUGCAAAUUUCAACUGAAGUUUUCUAUGCCAUUGUAUUAGUUUUUAUACCUGGCUGAAAUGUAAGCCUGUAGAAACUUGGUAUAUUCACCAAAUUACGUUCUAUAGAAUGUAUUGUUUUAUAAAUAAAUUCUGCUCCAGUGUUUUUAUUUGCAAGCCAGAUACUUUUGCUGGUUUUUCAGCACUUCUAAUUAAUUUGUUGUAUUUUUAUUUUAAAUCGGUUACCUUCCUUAAGGCUCACUUGUAAAUGUAAAGCAUUUAAUUGCCCCUUAUUUAACUUUGAUCUUCAAUUUGAAAGCGUUCUUACAGUUACGAAACCCAAGAUGUGCAUGUGUGUGUGUAUAUGUAUUUGUCAUUUUACAGGGGUUUUGUUAGUUUUGUUUCAGGUAUUGUUUAAAGGUUUAUUUCUGCAUUUAAACUCUAUAGGAUGAACUUGGGCUUGUCCACCCCCUGUCUGCAAAAUAUCUUGCUUGUCCAAGUUACAGUUGGAAAGAAACACUUCAUAAAGUACCUGCAAUAAACAUGUGUGUCACUUAUUUGAUACACAUACACCUUUAGUCACAUGUUUUAAUAGACAUUGGUUGAACACUAGCAGUAUUGUGCACUUCACAAGAGUUCACAACAGAAUCAUUCUUGCAAUCAAUGCGAAGGUUGUUACAUCUCAACUUGCUUUCCUGUGUAACUAAAUUAGUUUUGGGGUUUAAAAAUAAAUAAAUACAUACAUGUUUUUUGAAAUUCUGACAACUUCAAAUUAAGUGUUGCCAAAAUAUUUGUAUGUUUUUUUUUCCUUAAGCGUCAUGUUCUUGUUUACACAUAGUUUAUGAUGAAAUGUCUCUGGAUACCAGUUGCAUGUAGGAUUAUUUAAAAUGCAAACUGUAUCUUGUGAAAAAUAAAUUCUGCCCCUUACACCAACUGUCUUCACUAAAAACAGUAUUGCCAGCAUUCUUACAGCCUGUAUUUAAAGUAUUUUGAACACAGCUCCUUCUACAGUGCUUGGCAUCAACUGUAUUUCUAGCAUUAGCCAUGUAACACAUCAGCUUUGACCAAUAAAAUGACCACUGUUCCAGUCAAGGAUGUGGGCUGAAAUUUU